AUGUCUCAAAUUGACACUUCCCCUGUGCAUAGCGCCGUCCCUCUACCUCCCAUUCAACCACCGGAUCCUACUUUUCCUACAAAACUUAUGCUUGAGCUUCGUGGCACUCGCUUUGAAAUCGAUCGUGAACUUUUAAUGAGUUUGCCGGAAAGCAUCCUUAUUGUAAUGUUUCCGAACGGUCUUAUAUUAGGUAGAACUCUUGAAUACGAAGACGAAGAAGAACCUGAGGACACCAAUUCGGAAGAGGCCUUGGAAUUAGAGGACCAAAUUAUUUUUGUGGACUUCGAUCCCCUUUGUUUGGAAUAUAUCUUAAAUUUUUAUAAGACCGCUCAAGAUGCUUUUUACUCCAACCAAGAAAGUUCUUCUUCUGCUUUUCCUCAUAUUCCGACUCCAAAUCCUCUUCUAAAUAAGCAGGCUAUUAUUGUUUUGAGGGAAGAGUUGGACUAUUUUACUAUACCUCCAAAAUCUAAAAAAAAGGCACCGUCUUCUUCACCCGUAGAAAUUGACAAGGAUGCUGUCGAAAUGGAUACAGUUGAACCUGCGAUUAACAUUUAUGAAUUGAAAACUGAAUGUGGCACUUAUCUUCUUCAUCAGAGGAAGAUAUUUACCGCUUUACAACGUAAUGUUAAUAAGGAAAAUAACGUAGCUGAACAGCAUUUGAUAGAUAUGUUAUGUGUUUCCGGUUUUUCAAGGGAUGAUGAGUGGGGUUAUCGUAAUAUUGAACCUCAUAAGACAAGUAUUGUAAGCAUUGCUCUUGUAAUAUUAAAGACAACGGGUCAGAGUAACCAAAUGGCUACUGCUCAAAAAUUGUUACUGUUUUGGAGGAAACCGGCGAGAAAAUGUUGGUGGGAUGGCUUGGAAGUUACAGUCGGUGAAGAUAAAGCCAUACCG